CAAAGACUCAAUUUCAUGAAAUAAUUUCCACAUGCCAAACCCGUGAUCCCUUCAUAAACAAGCCACCGUAAAAAGAGGAGAGAGAAAAACUAACAACAAAAGAAACCAAAAUUGUUACGCCUGUUUUCUAUUUUCCGGCGAAAACCCACCGUUAAAUCCGCCGUCGAUCCACAAAACCGCCAUUAAUGGAGGGAGUCGGAGCUCGGUUAGGCCGAUCUUCUAGCCGUUACGGCACAACCACCGUCUUCAACGGCCCCGUUAGAAAAUGGAAGAAAGAGUGGGUCCCAAUACCCCCUUCUUCUUCAUCUUCUUCUUCCUCAAAUUCAAAUCACCAUCAUCAUCAUAGUAGUAGUAAUCAUCAUCAUUCAUCCUCUAAUGGCGCCGUUAAUGGCAGUAAUGGUAACAGUGGGUCCCAUCUUCGUCUUUACAAGUGGGCCCCUGUUAAUAAGGAGAAUUCUAAUUCGAGUGAUAAUAAUAUUAAUAGUAAUUCUAAGAUUAGUAAUAGUGAUGCUAAUGUUGUUGUUGUUGUUGCUAAUGGGAGUAAGAAUACUUCUACUGUUGACGACGUCGUUUCUGAGGAGCCUCCCAGAAGAAAAUUCAAGUAUAUUCCGAUUGCAGUGCUAGAGGAACAAAAAAAAGAAGCAGAAGAGAAUUCUGAUGAUGAUGAAGCAGCUAAGCCUGCUGAAAGUGAUGAAAAUGUAGGAGAGCAAGAGGCUAAGAGUGAUGGUAAUGCCGAAAAACCUGACAUCAAUGAUGUGCCCAUGGAAGAGAACCAGGAUGAAGAAGAAAACCAAACUGCACCCGGAAGACAAGAUUUGAAUGAAUUGGACUUGAGCCUAGGCUUGACAUCACAUGAUGAGGAGCAUGAUUCUGACUCUAAGACAGACCCUAAAGCGGAUGGUCAACUAGAAAGAGCAAAUUCCGGGGCAUGAACCAAAGAUAGCAGCACACCCAGGAGAUCGGCUUAGCCGGCCUUUGUUCUAUGAUUGCAGGAAAUGCAGGUUUUUUCUCUGCUUGUUGUUUUGUUAUCUCCAGCAAGUGAGGGAAGUUGCCUGUGAAUGUAUUAUUUAGUCUUCAUCUGAAUUUUUCAUUAACUGAGCUGAUUGUAUUUGUAACGGUAAUUGUGUACUGAAACGAUACUACAUUCUUCCAUUUUUCAACUGAUUGAUUUCUCUAUCUAAUUGUUCUAGUGAAGAUUUAAGAAAAGUUGUAGCAUGUACUAUGUUAUACUUUGUAGUUUGUACUAGUAGUUAAAAUAGUUAAUACAGCAAACAUUUAGUAUUUCUGAAUUGAUGUUAAUUCGGAGUAACCAUUUGUUCAAUUGUAAUUUUGUAGGCAACUUUAGGCA